UACAUUUUCGUGUUUAUUUGUUAAAGAAACUGUGAAAAGUACAGAGUCAAACGUCACAUAUGGGUAAGCACACAUGGCUCUGAUUCUGUGCCAAACAAUGUUCCGUUCUAUUCCGUCAUUACAUGGGCUUUUGCGUUUCAUUUCAACAUGUGUCUUUUCAUCUGAAUCUCGUGAAUACGACGAAGUGCAUUGAAGUGACACUUGACAUCUAAGUGGACAGAAAGGGGAAACUGAAGCCGUCACACAGGAAACUCCCACAGUUCUCGACAGCGGCGAUGAGGAGCCGGCUGACAAGAAGGAAGCAGCGGUGAAAGAAAAAACAUUGAGAUUCUGUGUUAUGAGAGGCUGGUGGAUGCUGCGAAUACACACAGGAACGUUUCCAGAGGCAGUCUGAGGAACGGGGAGGGGGGCGAUCCCGCCCCGUCUGCCCCCAGGAACCAUGCUUCUUUUCUGGGUCUUGCUUUGGUCAGUGCUCCUUCCCCUGGCUCUCUCCUGUGCUCCACACUGUUGUAUUGCUCAGGAGAGCAGUGGUCUGCAGAAAACGUCUCCGUUGCUGACGUCCCUAAAGUGCCACAACGACUACGAGUCUUACGUCCACUGCCAGUGGAGGGAACUCGGAAACGAGUCGCUGCAGCUCUGGUUCAAGACAGAAAAUGACGCGAAGAAGUGUGCGCCGCACAGCGCCGGAGCUCAGGACGGACGUCGGACUUCCCAGUGCAGAUACAGAACUCGGGCCUUUUCCAUUGGCAUCAAACACACGGUCUUCUUCGUGGAGGACAAAGCGCUGACCCCCUGCUCACCUGUCACACACAAGCCCGAGGAUGCUUCUCUGCACCUGAGAACCCGCCCACCGGUCAAUGUGUCCACGCGUGGCGCAGGUGAUGGAGGCAGGCGGCUUGUUUGGUCCAGCCCGUACCCCUCCUCCUCCACCCUGAACAUCAGCUACCAGCUCAGCUACAGGACAGACAGACGGGACGACUGGACGACCGAGAACCUCACAGACACGAGUGUGAAACUAGAGAAUCGACUGCUGCUCCCGGGUCGCCUGUACGAGGCCCGGCUGAGGGCCCGGGCCAGUGUGGCUCAAUGGAGCGUCUGGAGUCCUGAGGUGACCUGGCGCGCUGAAGAAGGCACGGUGCUGGUUCCCAGUUUGCAUUGCGUGCUGGACGGAGAGGAAGCGGCGACGUGCAGCUGGGAGGUGAGCAGAGAGGUGGAUCACUACGUCACCUACCAGCUGGCAUGUCGACACAACCGGACUGCGCCGUCGGAGAGAUGCUGCGCGAACCCCACAGUCAGCCCGGACCCCGGCAGGGCCGUGCUGAGGUACAGCUGCUCGCUGGCUGUCGCAGACCCUGCACGUCUGCUCGUGGAGCUCCUUCCAGAGCGCCAGGCCAAGACGUUCCAUGCCUCCAAACACAUUCGUCCCGGCGCGCCGCAGCAGGUGGAGGUGAGGCAGAAAGACACCAACUGGAUGGUGGAGUGGGUUAAGCCGAGCACCCCUUCAAAGGUCCGGCUGUGUUACCAGGUGCGCUAUUACAGCACGCAGGAGCAGGGAUCUUUGGUCCUGCUGAACAUUUCAGAGGGGUCCAAGUCCCUGAGCAUCCUGGGAACGUCUCUGGCCCCUUCGCGGCAUUACUGGGUCAAGGUCAGGUCGCUGGUGACUGGUGACAGCCACUAUGGAGGAAUCCCCUCUGAAUGGACCGAUCCGGUGGAAUGGACCUCCCAAGAAGCCACCUGGUCUCCAACAACGCUGAUCUAUUUCACCCUCAGCCUGUUUGUAGCCGCCGUCUUCCUCACAAUCUACUUCACCGUUCCGGCUUGUCGAAGGAGGGCGGUUCUGUGGGUGGACUCGGUCCCUUCCCCGGGCAAAAGCAAAAUCCUCUCCGAGAUCAAGUCGGCGAGCAACAGGACCCUCAUGCAGGGGGAGAGCAUGAGCAUCUGCCAAGUCAUGCGCUUGGACAGCGUCGUGUCGACAUGCUCCUCGGCCGCUCUGCUGUGGCCGCUGGACGUCGGACAAAAGCAUCUGGAGCAGGAUGAGGGCUGCUGGGAGUGCGAUAACCUGCCCCCCCGUGCUGAGAAGGAUGAGCACUCUGACACGUCCUCCAUGAGCUUCAGCGGCCCGUACAUCUUCUGUCAGUCGUCAGAAGCGAACCACGAGUCCCCGGACGUCAGGGGUGGAGAGAAGGAGGGGGAGGAAGAACCCCCGUCGGACGGCUCUCCAUUUCCCUCCCCGGUGAUGUCGGCCCUCUACGGGGAAGGUUACGUGUGUCUGCCGGGCCGCAGCGUCUCCAGGUCCACACAGGAUCUCGUAUCUCACAGCGGCGCCGAAGGGAACUCACAGAGACGCGACACCGCUGAGCGGGACCAUCGGGGUCCGGACGACACGGAGGGGCCGCCGGAGCCCGGCGAGACCGCCAGCAGCAGCCAGAAUGCCACCUCAGGACCCUCCCCCCCCUGGUGCCAGGCACAGGCCUCGGGGUACUGCCACCUCCCCGCGGCCUUCAUGAGUGCAGCCAAGUGAACCCACAGAAGGAGGGAGGGAGGGGGGCUGAUUCCUUGAGUCAUCCAUCUGGGAUUUCUUGUUUUUUAAUAUCAGCUUUCCACUUUAUUUUAAACUUCUUAUGCUUCCACGUGAAAAAUAAUGCAUUGACUGAAAUGAACCAUUGGGGUGGUUUUAUCUGAUGUGUCACCGGGCAAUGGAGGGCAGUAGUGAGCUAAGUGCAAUGCAAGACUAUCUAUGGACUUCAGUAUGUCUUCAGGCUUUUUCAGUUUUUUUUUUUUUUUUUUGCAAACUUCCUCACGCAUUCCAGGUCAGGAUGAAACAACAGAAGCACCUUACACUCCGAUACGACACAAUACAACCUUCCCCUGCCCCGUCCUCCUUUAAAAAAACACCUUUGUGAAGUUCAAAAGGUUUCAUUUCAUGGUCAGAGAUUCAUCAUCGCUUCGUUCACUUCCUUGUAUAUUUCCCCAAACAUGUAACAACAUGUAAAUGUAAAUACGUUACACUCAGAAUGUCUAAAACACGGAUUCUUAAGAAUCUGGUGGAAUGUGUUGAAAGGUAGCUCCUUCUCUUGUCCUUCCCUGAAUUCCCCGUCUCCCUCACAGCUGAGAGGAAAGACACAGAAUUAUGUCGACAGCGUUUCAUGGAAAGAGGGGGGACGUUGGCUGACCGUGUUCGCUGCGGUCAUGUUUGCACGUUUGCACAAAGGUGUGUGAGUUAGGACGUUGUUGGCAGUAUUGUAACCUAUGUGUUGCUGGAUGUGUAUAUAUAUAUAUAUAUAUAUAUAUAUAUAUAUAUAUAUAUACAUAUAUAUAUAUAUAUAUACAGUAUGUUAUCUACAUGCCGAUGUGCUGCUAUGUUGUGUUGCACCAGCAAUUUCACUGUUCGUCGACUGAGGCCCACGCACACAUUAAAUUAAACAAAAUAUAUUUAGUGUCGACACAUGAUACUUGGCAUCUUCUUCGGGUGUGUUUCUUAGCACUUUAAAAAUGCAUACAACAGAAUAGUCAAAGAGGAAUCACAUACGUUUAUUGCUCUUUUAUAUUGUGCUAAUAACCUGUUUUAGGAAUAGGACAGAUGUUUUUGUCAACAGUGAUGUCUUCUCGUUGUCUCUUUUUCUUUAAAUCUCCCGCCCAAAUAAGGAGCGUUUUCUGUCUACUGCACAUCUGUAGACUACGUGCACGUAUGAGGUUGCAGUGCUGUGACACAUUUUUUAUCAUGGUGCACGAGCGAUGCGCGAUGUUUUUCUCGUCACCGUGGAGAAAACACAAUGCUGGAAUUCCAGGCGCGCUGAUAUUGACUUCCCGUGUUUUCAGCCCAUCGCUAGGUACGACUUCCUGUCCGAUGAGGAGCAGUUUGACGCUCACCGACUGAGUCACGAUGUCCGCAAAGACGCUCACCCGCUCCUCUGUUUGGCCUUGGCCGUGGUCACGGAAAAGCCAUUUGAUGUGUUUUUCCCCAGCAUUCCAGUCUGUUUCAGAGGCUCAGCCCCCCCCCCCCCCCCCCCCAAAAACAAGUCACAUUCCUCAGAGUCUCCGUCGGUCCGCUAUUGUUCCCAGGAAGGAGAGUGUGAGUGGAGGGUUCAUAUUGAUCAGAAUAGAAACGAGCAUCGGACAUCGGUGUGUGUUCAUGGAAAGGCUGAGUGUGUGUAUGUGCUUGAUGACGGAGAAGCUGUGUGAUCAACAGCGUACAACGUGUCCCCGUCCUUUGUCGUACAUAAAAACAGGAAAAUAAAAGCAGUGGAAGGUGUAAA